AAGGUCCAUAAUACGCUCUGCUCUCUCACAAAUGCUCAUUCCAUAGCUUAUCAAAUUGUCUCAUUUUCUCUGAUCAUUUUGUGAUCGACUGUUGACUUGAGUGGACUUAAGUUUGCAUCACAGCUGGACUCAAAAUAUUACCAAAAAGUGCUGAAAAUUGUGCAAAAUAAUUUGAAAUUUAUCUAAAGUUAAAAAUUAGUGGAAGUGAGGAACUGAGCAGCAUCAAAAAUGGCUAAAAUUGCUCUGUUGCUGUUUUGUGUUGUCGGAGUUUAUUUGGAAUUGUCAGCAUCGACAAGCAUUGAGUGUAAAUAUGGAACUGGUGAUUGGAGCAUUGUUAAAAAUGCAUAUUACUGCUAUGUCAAUAAUAAUCCAAGCAUAACAACUCGAGAAUCAGCGACAAUAACUUCAAUUUCUGGAACUCAUCAAAGUGGAAAGACAAAUUCUGAUGUUGUUGGCUUUUAUGUUUAUUCUAAAACUAUAAAUUAUUUCCCGCGUUGUUUAGAAACUUUCUUUAAGAAUAUUAAAGCUAUUCAAAUUGAUAAUUGUAAUUUAAAGGAAGUUCAUCAAGAAGAUUUGAAGCCAUUUCCUAAUUUAGUUGAGCUUUAUUUGCGUUUUAAUGAACUGGAAGUUCUCGAAGAGGGUCUUUUUGAUUUUAAUCCUGAUUUAGAAUAUAUUUAUAUUUGGAACAACAAAAUUGUCCACAUUGCACCGAAUGUCUUUGACCAUUUAAGUAAAUUAAGCUAUCUUUACUUACUUUCUAACUCAUGCAUUGACAAAGAAGCUAAAAAUUCAACUUCAGAAGUCAAAAAUGUCAUCCAAGCUGCAAAAUCACAAUGCAUUAAUUCCGAAUUUUCCUCACUCAAAAGCCAACUUGAAAGCCUCGAAAAAGACUCAAAAACUUUAAAUUCCCUAGAAUUCUCUGAAAAAUUGGCAGCUUUUGAAAAAACUUUCAAUUCUUCAAAAUUCUCCAAUUUUCGUCCAUUAAACUACAAAUUUGAAGCUAUAAAAGAACCUAAGUUCGAGAAUGUCAUUCUCACAAAGACAUCAAUCGUAGACACAAAAUUAGACAGUUUAAAUGUCUUAAUGACUAAAGUUUCAUCAAAUGUAAAUGACAUUAAGUCAUCUCAGUCAAGCUUACUUAGUGCCAUCAAAACAGGUCACUCUAGCAUUGUAGAGUCCAUCAAUAAUGUUUGUACAAAAGCUUCCUUAAAUCAGGUUCAGGAAAAUAUUUUAAAUUCUCAAAAUAAACUUAGCACCAAAAUUGAUGGAGCCCAAAAUAGUGUCAAGUCGUCUAUUGAUGCCUUAAGCUCAACCUUGACUCUUGCCAAAACUGACAUCAAAACUCUUGAAUCGUCAGUAAAUCGACAGAAUGAAGCGAUCCUUAAUAGCCUUAAAUCAUCAAAAACUGAAAUUUUGGGUUCGGUUGAUAAAGUUUGCACGAAGGAGUCCUUAAAAGACCUUCAAAAGUCGUCAAAUCAAGCCUUAAUUGACCUUAAAGCCGCAUCAAGCAAAAACUUCUUUUAUUUUAAUGAUUCCAUCAAUGCUCUUGACACAAGAGUCAUGAAUGUGAAGUCAUCACAAGACGACAUAAAAUCCUCAAUCGGAGACAUCGAAGCAGCGCUCAGUGGCCUGAAAUCAUCACAAAAUGAGCUCAAAUCAUCAAUUAAUAAGAUUAAAGGUUCACAAAAUGAAAUAAAGAUUUUUAUGGAUGAACUCAAAGACCAAAAGGAUGACAACAUUGAGGAUAAGUUGAAGGCAUUCGGUGAAAAAAUUGAGAAACAAAUGAAGGACAUUGAUGGGCAACUUACUGAUUUUAAGGCAGACAAUGCUGAGAAGUUAGCUCAAAUUGAGAAGGAACUGACUAGCACACGCCACAAGAUCACAACAACAAUUGAUGAGAAGAUUAAGGGAAUCGAGAAGCGACUCAUGAAGAAACUUGAGGAGGUUUUGGUUUAUAAUUUGGGGAAAAUUGUGGAGGAAAAGUUUGUAAAGUACAUUUAAGACUAAAAUUGAACAGCUUUUUUUAAAAUAUUUUUUAUGUAAUUAAGAAUGGGUUUGUUCAAAAGUGACGUCAAUUUUUAGGAAAAUACAGUCUACGAGAAGUUCGACGCUUUUUUUACUACUUUAAGCUGUAAAAUUAAGAUUGAAGAUGUUAAGAUUGACAAAAAAAAACUUAAUCUAGAAAGACAUCAUUUAUGAACGACCCCUGGAUUGAAAAAGGAAG